UAAGGCGAACACACAGCCCUGAGAGGAAAACUGGAGGCAAGCACUCACAUCUGAAAACUGAAUCCCGGCUAACCGAAAAACGUUUUUGAAAAUCACCAAAUAACACAACAAAUGCGAGAGGCUUUUCAACAAAUACAAAAACCUUAAAAAAAUAUACGAAAGUUCAUGUAUACAGUUUUUUACACAUUUUUGUUUCUGUGCUCUGUGACCAUUAAAGCGCAAGCUAAAAUAAAUAGAAAAAUUUCCGAAUGCCAGGAAUUUAUCAGGACGAAAACAUCAAUAGAACGGUAUAGAUCCAUAAAAAUGAAGGGUCUGCAGGCCUCACCGGCCAAUUGAGGAGGAGGCGAGAAAACACGCGCUAUGGACAACAACACGGACGUACUGUACCAGUACCGUCUCGCCCCAUCCGCCAGCCCGGAAAUGGAUCUCGGGGAUCCGCGCCUUAUGGGCGGACCCCACCUGGCGGCCAACGAGUCCCAGCUGGAACUCCCCGACUACGGGAAUGAGAGCCUGGACUACUCCAACUACCAGCAGAUGGCCGACGGUCCUUGCCGCAUGGAGGACAACAACGUCAGCUACUGGAACCUCACCUGCGACUCGCCCCUGGACUACGCCAUUCCGCUCUACGGAUACUGCAUGCCCUUCCUGCUGAUCACCACCAUCAUCUCCAACUCCCUGAUCGUCCUCGUCCUGAGCAAAAAGAGCAUGGCCACGCCCACCAACUUUGUACUGAUGGGGAUGGCUAUAUGCGAUAUGCUGACUGUUAUAUUUCCGGCACCGGGCCUCUGGUAUAUGUACACAUUCGGCAAUCAUUAUAAGCCCCUGCAUCCGGUCUCCAUGUGUCUGGCCUACAGCAUUUUCAAUGAGAUCAUGCCAGCCAUGUGCCACACCAUCUCCGUUUGGCUAACUCUGGCCCUCGCCGUGCAAAGGUACAUCUACGUGUGCCACGCCCCCAUGGCCCGCACGUGGUGCACGAUGCCGCGGGUGAGGCGGUGCACGGCGUACAUCGCGCUGCUGGCCAUCCUGCACCAGCUGCCGCGGUUCUUCGACCGCACCUACAUGCCGCUGGAGAUCGAGUGGAACGGGAGGCCCACCCAGGUGUGCCACCUGGAGACGGCGAUGUGGGUGCACGAGUACAUCGGGGUGAACCUGUACUACACCAGCUACUACCUGUUUCGGGUGCUGUUCGUACAUCUCCUGCCCUGCAUCAUCCUGGUGACGCUGAACAUCCUGCUCUUCGCGGCGAUGCGGCAAGCGCAGGAGCGGCGCAAGCUGCUCUUCCGGGAGAACCGGAAGAAGGAGUGCAAGAAGCUGCGGGAGACCAACUGCACCACCCUGAUGCUGAUCGUGGUCGUCUCCGUGUUCCUGCUGGCCGAGAUCCCCAUCGCCGUGGUCACCGUGAUGCACAUCGUGAGCUCCCUGAUCAUUGAGUUCCUGGACUACGGCCUGGCCAACAUCUGCAUAAUGCUGACCAACUUCUUCCUGGUGUUCAGCUACCCCAUCAACUUCGGUAUCUACUGCGGCAUGUCGCGCCAGUUCCGCGAGACCUUCAAGGAGAUAUUCCUGGGUCGGCUGAUGACCAAGAAGGACACCUCCACGAAGUACUCGAUCGUCAACGGGGCACGCACGUGCACCAACGAGACGGUCCUCUAGUAAUUGGUGAUGUUGGUGCCGCGGCGGGGCAGCAGCGACCACCGUCGCUCGUCCAGCACCACCACCAGAACGACCACCACCACCACCACCCUCGGCGGCGGUACGGUGGUCAUCAUCGGUGGCGAGCCGGCUCCGCAGCACCAGCAUCUGGUAACGCACCACCUGCAGACCCAUCCCCAUCCCCAUCAGCAGCGCCGGGUCAGCACCAUGGACAUCAUCAGCGAGGAGCGCAAUGUCUAGAUUGGCAACUGACUGGGUUCGGCUAUCGAGAUCCUCAGUUCCGAUCUUCAGUUUCCUCCUGGAGUGCCCCAUUUACAUUUGACCCCCUAUAAGAGCUCCUAUAGGCAUGUUCUGACAUCAUGAAUGGUCUCAGCUCUUUAUCGUUUGUCCUAAUUCUUAAGGUUUCGGUUAGCUAGAGUUUUACAAAGAAUUUCAUUGCAAUUUCCUUAGUAUAAACUAUAACUUAAUCAACGUCGUUGCCCCAAGGCUUCACAUACAUACAUGGAAUUCAAAAACAGAUCUGAAAAGUAAGGUUUCAGGAGUUGAAAACAUACACAGGAACAAUUUCAGAUUAAAAUACUUUUACCCAAUAUCAAAGGAAUCAAUUAUAAUGGACACCCCAAAAUCAAUCUGAAUUUGAAAAGUCCAUUCCAUAACCAUAUACAGUUUAAAAGUGUUUAAAUACAGAUAUUGUAGGGAAGUGUGAAACUUGAUCAGUUCCCAGUUCGCAAAAGCGAAGCCUGAACAAUACCCAUACCGAAUACUAAAUGUCUGUUCUAGUUCCCCUAAUAAGACACAAGUUGGUCCACUUGAAAUCUGAGUGUUUUUUAAUGUGCGUUGUUGUAAUAUUCAUAUUAAGUAUAAAGGGCUAGGCUUAUAGAUGUUCUGCAGAAUACAGUAGGUCUAAGGUACGCGGGAAAUUUUAAGGAAGUGAUAGCUGAAAAAUCUGGUGGGGGAAUGCGCAGUUCGCAACAAUAAGAAUACACUAUAGUAGAUAUAAGAAACAUACUUACAGGAAACCCAGGAGUUGCACCUAUCGGAAUAUAAAGCAAAUCUGAAUGAAGUCAAGUAAUCAGUAAUAACGAUGAUUAACGUUCGAUUUUAAGAUAUUUACGAGAUUUGGAGUCAAUGCUUAGGUAAAAAUGUUUGUUUCUGAGCUACAUUUGUGUGGCCAUUUGUAAAAUAUUUUUGUAACUUAAUCAAAGUUCUUAAGUGUAGAUAGCUGUAGGGUUGGAAACUCGUUUAAAUUCGUAAACCUUUUGAGCCCCAGAGUUUACCGAUUUAAAUGAAAUACACAUAGCAUAACAAGUCAGUCGUAUCGAAUUUCAACUUGAUGUUGUAGGCUGCACACAUUUUUUUUCUAGAGUAAGAACCGAAACAUGCCAGUGUAAUGCAAUGUUGAUGUGUGUACAAGUGGUUUACAGUUACAUGGCAGUUUCUUGUUUAAAUGUUUUAAGCCACAACUAAAUCCAAUACCACAACUUAAGCUGCAACUACACAUCUGUAAGCUGUAGACAUAACUAUAUCUGAAAGUUGUCUGUCUGAAUGGAAUGUGUUAACUAUUUAUAUGUAUUUGGUGACGACCGCUCGGUCUCCGCUUCAUCUGAUUACGAUCUGAUUUUGUACAUACAUUACGACGGUGCAUCCAAUAAUAUAUAAAUAAACUAAUUAAAUGUCA